UAACGAGCGGUGCCCUUCAUACGACACUUUCCGUCUUGUGUAAGUGCAGUUUGGGUGUUGUCGUUGAAUUUUAAUUAAUAAUCCCUAAGCAUGUCUAAAAUCGGUAUCAACGGAUUCGGCCGUAUCGGUCGUCUGGUGCUCCGCGCCGCCGUCGACAAAGGCGCCGAAGUGGUCGCCAUCAACGACCCCUUCAUCCAGGUUGACUACAUGGUGUACUUGUUCAAAUACGACUCCACCCACGGCCGUUUCAAGGGAGAGGUCAGCACCGACGGAACCAGCCUCAUCGUAAACGGCAAAGCCAUCCAGGUCUUCCAAGAAAGGGACCCCGCUAGCAUCCCGUGGGGAAAAGCUGGAGCCGAAUACAUCGUCGAAUCAACAGGCGUGUUCACCACCAUCGACAAGGCUUCCGCUCACUUGAAAGGCGGCGCCAAGAAGGUAAUCAUCUCAGCGCCCUCUGCCGACGCGCCAAUGUACGUCUGCGGUGUCAACUUGGACGCCUACAACCCGGCUGACAAGGUAAUCUCCAACGCCUCCUGCACCACCAACUGCUUGGCCCCGUUGGCCAAGGUCAUCCACGACAACUUCGAGAUCGUGGAAGGUCUGAUGACCACCGUGCAUGCCACCACCGCCACGCAAAAGACCGUCGACGGGCCCUCCGGCAAGUUGUGGCGCGACGGUCGCGGCGCCGCCCAAAACAUCAUCCCCGCCUCCACCGGCGCCGCCAAGGCCGUCGGCAAGGUGAUCCCGGCCUUGAACGGCAAGCUCACCGGCAUGGCGUUCCGCGUGCCCACCCCGGACGUUUCCGUGGUCGACUUGACCUGCCGCUUAGGCAAGGGCGCCACCUACGACGAGAUCAAGCAGAAGGUCAAGGAGGCCGCCGAGGGCCCGCUCAAGGGAAUUCUCGGCUACACCGACGACCAGGUCGUGUCGUGCGACUUCACCAGCGACACGCACUCUUCAGUAUUCGACGCUGCCGCCGGCAUCUCCCUCAACAACAACUUCGUCAAGCUCAUCUCGUGGUACGACAACGAGUACGGUUACUCGCACAGAGUCGUCGACUUGAUCAAGUACAUCCAAACCAAAGAUUAAGAAGUGUUCUCUCGAAGUGCAACACUCUUACUGAGGUUCGUUGAAUAUCAGACUUACUUCAUGCAGUCUAUAGCGGUGGCUUGUUUGUCAAACGUUACUUUUUUUCGUGUACGUACUAUCCAAAUUGUCAUUUUUAUUUAACUAUGUUCAUUUAUUUAAAAUAAAUGUUUUAAAAUACC